AUGGUAAAAACAAAUCCAUUCGUAUCCAGUCAAGCACGCAAGGUGAGGAAGUCAUACUUCAACGCUAAAAAGGACGCCAAGCACGUAGCCAUGUCAGCUCCUCUUUCCAAGGAGUUGCAAGAGGCGAACGGCAUCAAGCGCCUUCCAAUUCGUCGUGAUGAUGAAGUCAUGAUUUUCUCAGGACGUAUGCAGAAUCGCACAGGAAAGGUUACAGCUGUUAAACUUUCCGAGAUGCGCAUUUAUGUUGAUACGUUCACAACAGAGAAGAUAAACGGACAAGCCGUUUCCUUCCCUGUUCAUCCAUCUAACGUUGUAAUCACGAAACUGAAGAUGGAUAAGGCUCGUAAAAACCUUAUCGAGCUUCGUCGACUAGGCCGCGACCAAAUCCUUGCAAAACUUGGCCACAAGAAGCAAUAA